UUUUUGAAACUUAGUUCUAGAUAACAUUGAUACAAUAAUAAUAGGAAAGAUAUCAUAUACUAUUGACCACAUACAAUGUUGAUACGAUAAUAAUAGGAAAGAUAUACUACAAUAUUGAUACAACAAUAAUAGGAAAGAGACAAUAUUACUAUUAACCACAUAUAAUAUUUGAUAUAAUAAUAGGAAAGAAAAUAUAUACUAUUGACUACGCAAAUGUGGUAAGAAAUCUUUAUCAUUAAGACUCAUAAGUUUGCACGCUUAUGUUUAGAAGCCCUUCACCAUUUUUCUUAUAAAUUGGAACACAUUGCAUUACUUAGUAUCAUCAAAUUAAACAAGAAUCAACUUACAGAUUAUCAUUUCUUAGACAUAAUAGUCUUUUCUUAGUCUUGUUGCCUAAUCCCGAAUAUAUUCAUGUCGAUUAAGAAUGUGCACCUUCUCCUGGUGACAAUAUGCAUUGCAUCCUCUGCUACUGCUCAGUUUCCAUUUCCGUUUCCAUUUCAACCAAGUCCAGGUAGUAUGCCAGGAAUGCCUGGUAUAAGCCAAUGUUGGUCAACACUGAUGGAUAUGCCAGGCUGUUUUGCAGAGAUCAGACAAUCCAUUAUGACCGGUAAAUUCGGUAGCAUAGGUCCUGCUUGUUGUAAAGCUUUUUUAGAUGCUGAAGCCAACUGCACAAAAGAUCUUCCAUUCAAACCGUUUUUCCCUCCUAUGCUAAAGGAACAAUGCUCGCGUGCUGCCGGUCCUUCAGCCGGUCCUCCAACGAAUCUGUAAGAUUAACGUGAAAGAUAAAUUACGAAAAGGAAAGACAGUGAUCUAAUAAUUAUACUGUUGCAUUUCUAUGCUUUAUUGAACGAAUUACUCAGUCCUUAAGCAUUUCAUCAAUUCAUAAUAAUGUAUUAAUGUCUACUAUGGAAGUUAAAAAAGUCAAGCAAUUUGUCCCUUUAUUUCUUAUGAAUCAGUUUACUAUA